AUGGAAUACCGGCGUUUUGGACCCACCGACAUGACCGUUUCGGUUUUGGGAUUCGGCUGCUGGGAAAUGGGGGGCACCUACGGUGACGUUGACGGCAGCGAACUCUACGCCGCCGUCAACCGUGCCGUCGACCUCGGCAUCAACUGCUUCGACACCGCACCGGCCUACGGCAGAGGGGAGUCGGAGAUAGUGCUGGGCAGGGCGUUGGGUGAUCGGCGCAAGGACGUUAUCGUCGUCACCAAGUGCGGUGUGGGCUACGCAGAUCGGCCCAAGGGUCGCGACAGCCGCAUGGUGUCCGUCUUCGCAUCCGUCGAGCAAAGCCUGCAGAACCUGGGAACCGAUUAUCUGGACGUGUUGCUCAUCCACUGGCCGGACGUGAACACGCCCUUUGACGAGACCAUGCACGCGCUGGACAGCCUCGUGCGUCAGGGCAAGGUCCGCGCGGUCGGCGUUUCCAAUUUCACCCUGGACCAGAUCAAUGAAUGCGAGGAUGUCCGCAGCGUGGACAUCGUCCAAUAUGGCCUGAACAUGUUCGACCGGCGCAUGGAACAGGAAAUAUUUCCGCACUGCCUCGAUCAGGGAACCGGCGUCAUGGUAUAUGGCCCCCUGGCGUUCGGUCUGCUGACCGGCGCGAUGUCGGCGGACACAACCUUCGGCAACAACGACUGGCGGGCCACCGGCGGUAGACCCGGCUGGAACGUGGGCGUGUUUGCCGAGGAGCACUUCCAGCGCAACCUCCAGGUCGUCGAGGAACUCAAGCCCAUUGCCCAAGCCAGGGGCAAAAAGAUGCCUCACCUCGCCCUACGUUGGGUAUUGUCAAACCCGGCCGUCAGCGUAGCGCUCGUUGGCACCCGCACCGUGCGGGAGGUGGAGGAAAACGUCGCCGGUCUGGAAUGGGCGCUGUCCGGCGCAGAUCUGGAGCAAAUCGACGCAGUGUUCCAACGGUACGGUGUCGACACCCACCCCGAGAUAGUGAUCGACCCGGACGAAUAG